UAUGCGUAAAAGUGGAGUUUUGUAUCUCUCCUCGGGUGUCGCUCCUCUCCUCCAUCCUGCCCUGCUUCACUGCAUUUUUUUUUCUUCUCUUCUCCCUCUCUCUCAGCUGAAAGAGAAGACUUGGAGAGCCCGGCUUAAACUGAACAAGACCCCUGUAGGCUGAAUGCACUCAACCUAACGGGACAGAACACCGAGAAACAAAGCGUACAGUCGAUUCAGAAUAAGACGAUAGAGAGAAAAUGUGAAGAUCUUUUAGUUGUCACAGUGUUGGAGUAGUCAACAGUAACCGGGUAAGAUGGCGAGGACACAGACUCGCAUGUUCCUCGCCUUGGCUUUGCUGGGAAUUUUCUUCCUCGAUGUCUCGGUGAAAGGAGAGCUGCAGGGAGAGCAACAGGAGGAGGAGGAGAGGUCCUGUCAGGGCGCAUUCGACCUCUAUUUUGUCUUGGACAAAUCUGGAAGUGUGAAGCAUCACUGGAUAGAGAUUUACUCCUUUGUGGAGCAGCUGGCAGAGAAGUUUAUCAGCCCCAUGCUGCGAAUGUCCUUCAUUGUUUUCUCCACACGAGGAAACAUCAUCAUGAAACUGACUGAGAACAGGGACGCCAUCACUGGAGGCUUAACAGCUCUAAAGAGGGUUAUCCCCGGUGGAGACACAUUUAUGAACCUAGGCCUGGAGAUGGCUAAUACGCAGAUAUAUCAAGAGAGGCAUGGGACAGCCAGCGUUAUCAUUGCUCUGACCGAUGGAGAACUGAAUGAGUGGCAGUUUGACACAGCUCAGCGAGAGGCACAGCGGGCGAGGUCUAUGGGAGCCAUUGUUUACUGCGUAGGGGUCAAAGAAUUCAACCAGACACAGCUUGCGACUAUUGCAGACACCAUAGAACACGUGUUUCCUGUAUGGGGAGGCUUCCAGGCCCUCAGGGGAAUCAUUGACUCGAUCAUCAAGAAGUCCUGCAUUGAGAUUCUAGCAGCAGAGCCAUCCAGUGUGUGUGCAGGAGAGAGAUUCCAGGUGGUUGUGAGAGGCAAUGGGUUUCUCCAUGCCAGAAACAUUGACCAGGUUCUCUGCAGCUUCAAACUGAAUGAUACACACACUGUGGAUGAGAGACCAGCUGGGAUAGAAGAUACUUUCCUGCUGUGCCCUGCUCCUGUCGUAGAGGAGGUUGGAAAGGUGAUCUACCUGCAAGUGAGCAUGAACGAGGGCAUCUCCUACAUCACCAGCUCUGUUCACAUCACUACUACUGAAUGUUUCGACGGCACCAUCGUGCUCAUAUCGUUGCUGGUGGUGUUCCUGCUGUUGGCUCUGCUGCUGAUGUGGUGGUUCUGGCCUCUCUGCUGCACUGUGGUGAUCAAAGAACCUCCGCCACCUCCUCCUCCAGAACCAGACUCAGAUGAUGAUGACGGGAUGCCCAAGAAGAGGUGGCCCACAGUGGAUGCAUCCUACUAUGGAGGAAGAGGAGUGGGUGGCAUCAAACGCAUGGAGGUGCGAUGGGGUGAGAAGGGGUCCACUGAGGAAGGUGCUAAGCUGGACAAACCCAAGAAUGCAGUUGUAAAGAUGCCAGAGCAGGAAUUUGAACCGUAUGAGCCCAAGCCUCGAAAACCACCCCGCCGCGCCCCACAGCAGAGGAGGUGGUACACACCCAUCAAGGGGAAGCUAGAUGCUCUGUGGGCUCUGUUCAGGAGAGGUUACGACCAGGUAUCUCUGAUGAGACCACAUCCUGGAGAUCAGGGACGCUGUAUUAGUUUCCAACGAGUUAAACAUGGGGAGUCCCCCCCGAACCACCAGGCCCCGCCUCGCACACAUCACUCUCCCUCGCCACCGCCUCCUCCUCCACCCGCCGAGGAGCGACCUUUGGUCUCUAACUCUGUCCCGCGUACGAAGCCUCCAUCAAGAGGGCCCCGCAUCACGCCACCCUCUCGCACACCCCCUUCUGUGAUCCAACCCCCUCCAGGUCCACCCCCAACUCGUGCACCCCCUGGACCUCCGCCAUCUCGACCCCCACCCAGGCUCUGAUGAUGAAGAGAGGGGCCUCCAAUAAAACAACUGAUAGAUCAAGUUGGUCCAUAAAAAACAAAACAAAACAAAAAAAAACAUGUCCUCCUUUCACCAAC